GUUGGAAAAAAGCUAGUGAGUACGACCUCACGCAUUGCACAGUGAAUCCUCCAGCCUUAUAUUUUUAUUUUGCUACACAAAAAAGCGUGUGUAAUCAGACUCACACGUGUCACAUUCUUAUCUGUGUGCUUCUUCUUCGUUUUGUUUCAUCCCUUGCUCCUCUCCCCGCUUCUUUUUUUCUUUUUCUUUUUUUUCCUUUUUCCCUCUUCUCGCCCUUUUACUAAUCACACUGAAUGGAACCUUCAGAGGAUGACGAAGAGCAACUCAGACGAGCCGACUCACUCCCUUACAUGGAGCUAGCAUCAACAACAAGCUCUGGCUUAUCAUUAUCAAUACUAAGUAGCACUGAAGAUUCUCAUAGUGCUACAAGCACCGGAUACAUCUCUACAACUAGUGGUAGCUCCGGAGAGAUUCCAGCCGCUGUGGUAGCAGAGGCGGCAGUAAUUCCAACGGAUGCGGAGGCUUCCCCGACGGAGGAGCUGUCCACUUUAAUGGUGGCGCCGAUGAGUGUGACGGAAAAGUGUGUGGGGAAGAAUAAUAGAGGUGUAAGUUGGGGAUUCACAUCAGUAAUUGGGAGACGGGGGGAGAUGGAAGAUAGCGUUGCCGUUAUACCGGGAUUUGUGUCACGCACGUGCUAUCACGUGGGUGGAUGCAUUGCUCCUGGUUCAAGAACUUCUGCUGAGAUCUCUCCAAUUCAUUUUUUCGGUGUCUAUGAUGGUCAUGGUGGCUCUCAGGUUGCCAACUACUGUAAAGCGAGAAUGCAUGAAGUAAUAGCAGAAGAAUUGGAUCGUGAAACAAUUGAUGGGUCUGAAUGGCAGAGAAAGUGGGAAGCUGCUUUUACUGGUGGUUUUAAGAGGGCUGAUAAUGAGGUCUUGAAAGAGGCUCCAGAAAUGGUCGGUUCCACUGCAGUUGUGGUGGUUUUAUCCGGUUGUCAAAUUAUUACAUCAAAUUGUGGUGAUUCAAGGGCAGUUCUUUGCCGUGGGACUCGAACAAUCCCCUUAACUGUCGAUCAGAAGCCAGAUAGACAAGACGAACUCUUGAGAAUUGAAGGAGGGGGAGGGAAAGUCAUAAACUGGAAUGGUGCUAGGGUGUUUGGGGUCCUUGCCAUGUCGCGAGCCAUAGGUGAUCGGUAUUUGAGGCCAUGGAUAAUCCCAGUGCCUGAGAUCAGUUUCAUGGCAAGAACUGAUGAUGAUGAAUGCUUGGUUUUGGCAAGUGAUGGUCUUUGGGAUGUUAUGACAAAUGAAGAGGUUGGGGAUGUGGCUCGCCGGCUAUUAAGAAGGUGGCGCAGAACAAUGUCAUCUGAUGAGAUUUCUCCCGCGCAAGCUGUGGCUGAUAAUCUCACUGAAAUAGCCUAUGGCAGAGACAGUUCUGAUAACAUUUCUGUCAUUGUUGUUGAUCUAAAACCCAAGAGAAAGCGCCAGGCGAGGCAGUGAAAAAAGGGAGUAAACCAUUUCCUUUUCCUCUAAUUUCCCUGGAAUACUCCAAUUGUUUCUCAUCUUAUUUUGUCAGAGAUGAUAAAAUGCAGGAUUGAUCUACUUUAAAGUUCCUUCUGAUGUUUCCUAACCUGCAGCCACAUGACCUGCAUGGAGCUGACUGGCAAGCAACUUCUGCUCCAUGACAGUCGUAUUAUGUUUUUAUUACAAGAAGGCUAAAUAAAACUUACUUGCAGUUGUUUGGCCUAGGAAAAACACUAACUUAAAGAAGAGAAAAAGUUGUUGCAUAAUAUGUAUCUAUGAAACAAAAUAUAUAAAAGAGAAAAAAAGAAAGAUAGUUCUUGUUUUAUUAUUUUAUUUUUUGUAUUGUGCUAAGCAUUACCAUGAAUUCUCCCCUUAAUUUUGUAUCUGUUUAUCAUUUGAUUUUUCUUUCGGUA